AGUAGGUGGCGGUGAAAGUCUCAAGGAUUUAGUGGCUAUUAAACCUAAAGAAGAAGAGUGACGUUUCAGACUGACGAUUCAUGUUUUCUUGUUGUUACAGACUGAAUCCGAUAACUGGAUAAUGUUGCCUUCAGAUGCUGUAAACGGAGACCUGAUGGGAGUGAUGGAGAAAAGUGAAGAACUGAGUGAAGUUGAGGAGAAACAUCAUGAACUCUUCUCUGGAGAAACAUCUUUGAGUUGCUUACAGACUGAACAUUUCUUACAAAACAGCACUCAGCGAACAGAAGCCGUAAAUUCUUUCAUCUGCCCUCAUUGUGGAAAUACUUUUAAACGUAAACAGACCCUUAACAGGCACAUGAGAUCUCAUUUUAAAGAGAAUCCCUUCACAUGCCAACAGUGUGGAAAGGGUUUCAAACGUAAAGAAAACUUUCAGAGGCACAUGAUAACCCACACUGGAGAGAAACCGCACAUGUGCUAUCAGUGUGGAAAGACUUUCACACGUAUCGAAAACCUUAAGAGGCACCUGACGACCCACAACGGGGAGAAGGCGCAUACGUGCCAUCAGUGUGGAAAGACCUUCACACGUUUUGAAAACCUAAAGAAACACUUGACGAUCCACAAUGGCGAGAGGCCACACACAUGUCAUCAAUGUGGAAAGAGUUACAUACAUAAAGAAAACCUUGAUCAUCACAUGAGAAUCCACUCUGGAGAGAGACCUUACAUAUGUUCUCUGUGUGGAAAGAGUUUCAUACAUGCAAGCAGUCUUAAAGAUCACGAACGCUCGCACUCUGGAAUUAAGCCGUUUAAUUGCAAUCAGUGCGAUAAGAAUUUUAUUUCAGCAUCAGCGCUAAAGAGACACCUGAGAGUUCACACAAAUGAGAAGCCUCACUUGUGUUCUUUGUGUGGAAAGAGUUUUGCACGGGUGGACUGUUUAAAAAAGCAUCAGGAAGUACAUUCUGGCGUGAAAGCUCAUGUGUGCUUUGAGUGUGGGAAGGCUUUUAUUACUCUCUGUCAAUUGAAAGAGCACCAGAGAAUUCACACUGGAGAAAAACCGUACAAGUGUUCACUCUGUGACAGGAGAUUCACUCAGUCGUCUCACAUGAAAGCACAUGAGAAAACCCACUCUGGAGAGAAACCGUAUCACUGCCAUCCAUGUGGCAGGAGUUUCACACUAUCAUGUCAACUACUGAGUCAUAUGAAAAAGUGUUGCCCACAGUUGUCACAGUGAGCAACGUUCACCGUUUAGUCUUUCUGUUGGUGUGCAUGAAAACAUGUUUAUGGAAAUCAUGUCAUUUCCUUCUUUACUCUGUAAUUGUUUUGUUGUUAUUUUCGUGCUUAAACAUAAUGUAUUUAUUUGUCUUAUAACCAAGGGCAUUGAAAUGUAUUGUAUACUGUGCUAAAAGUAUGAGUUUGUGAUCAAUAAAAAGGCGCAAA